GCGGCGCGAUGUAAAAUUAAUCUCUCACUUCUUGCAGUGACAUGACAGUGUGAAUACUUUCCUGAGGUCUGCUAAAAAUCGAGAAGUUUGAACUUGAAGACUGAUUGUAAUGUAGAUCUAGGGAGUCUAGAUCUAGUCCAUGCAUCAUACAUAGAGCAGAACUUGCUGCUUAUAAAGAUGGCUAAAUAUGAUGUUGAUCGCUUUGAGAAUCCUCCUGAUGAAGACCUGAUCUGCUGCAUCUGUCAGUGUGUCCUUGAUAACCCCCUGGAGAGUCCCUGCCGUCAUGUCUUCUGCAAGGUCUGCAUCGAGACAUGGCUCACCAAUCGCAGCAACUGUCCCAACUGCCGUAAACGACUUCGCAUCUCCAAGCUUAAACCAGUUCUCCCAAUCGUCAGGAACAUGAUCAACCGCCUCUUAAUCAUUUGCGAAAACAGGGAACAUGGCUGCACCGGGGGAAUCAAGCUUGAGAUGUAUGAUAGACAUGUCCAGAACUGUGACUUUGCUCCGAUCAAGUGCUUGAAUACAGGGUGUGGACAGACUGUGCUAAGGAAGAACAUGCUGGCCCAUGAACAGACUUGCAAAUAUCGCCUGAUCAUGUGUAAGAAAGGGUGUGGGUUACCGAUCUCCAUGGAGAAGCUGAAGAAGCACAACUGCUUGGAUGAGCUGAAGAAAAGUAUGACAGCUAUGGAGGAACAGUACAAGCAGCGUCUCCUUGAAUUAGAAGCCAAGUUAAAUACAAAAAUUCAAGUUCUGGAGGAUCGUAUAAAAGCUAUGGAAGAGAACUGUCAACAGGACUAUGGCUCAGGCUGGGGAUCAGCUAGAGAUUCGUAUUCGUCUAUGGCCGGUUUUGAUGAGAGCGAUUCGCCGAGUAGGGAUAUGGAGUACACAGACAUUCAAGAUUUUGAGGAGAAUAAUGAUGAUGAUAGUAAUUCAUACUAUUACUCUGGCAAUGAAGAUAAUGACUUUGAAAGCACUCCUGAGUACCAGGAAGCACAGACCUAUGAAGUAUAUUCCCCUGAUGAACCUCAUGUGGAAGAAGAGCAGCAGGAACACGACGAGGAGGAGGAAGAUGAAGUUGGAGAAGAGGAGGAAGAUUCAGACACUGCAUUCUUUCUCAAUUCUGAUAUGGACAGCAACAAUGACUCAGAGGGUGAUCUCAAUGAUUCCUUGCUUGACAGCAGCGAUUCCGACUCCAUCGCAGAUGAUCAGGAACCUGUUCAAGUCUAUGAAGUUAGCCCAACAAGCCCUCACUCUGACCACAACCUGCACCAGGAGGAUUCCUCUUUGAUUGAAAAUGUAAGUUAUGAGGAAGUGAGUGAUCCAGUAUCCGUCAAUUCCCCCCACAGCAGCACUCACCGAGAUCGUGGAAGGAGAGACCAGCAUAGGCAACCCCAGGAUGGGGACAGAGAUCAGCAGACUGGCUUUCACGAAGAACAGUCCCUUACUCAUGAUGAAGCACCUGCUGAGGGAUUUUAUCCCCGUGACAAUAAUUAUGAUAAUGAACACUCGUCUCUGUGCAGCCUUCGUGUUGAAUAUGGCAGCUCGGGAAGAGCUUCCCCCCGUGAGAAUGAGCAUGGUUAUGCGUCUGAACCUGUGGAAGAAUCAGAGGCAAACCUUUCAUCCAAUGAACCGAUCAUAAUUCACGUAGAUCCUCAGAGUGGAGAUGGGAGGAGACAUCCAGAUGAGGCAAGCAGGAGAAGGCGAAGGAGCCGCGAAACCUCCAGGGCACAUCGCAGGAGCUCAAGGAAUAAAAGGAGCCGUCACUCCAGUAAUAGAGACAGGACUGGGCAACCUUCCCAAGCAUCUGAUGCAGCCUCAGAGCAUGAUGCUCCCCUUCCUGGAGGUCGCCAGGAGGAAACCGCCGCUUCAAGAGAUGGAAGGGAAUUUUUCUAUGGCGUUCCCGUGGAUGAAUCCGACUCCAGUGCAGACCCACCAUGGGAGAGAAAAUCAGAAGAUGUCUCUUCAGAUGUGAGUAUCUCUGAUGAGUCAUUGCUCAUGUACGAUUCUUUUGACGAUGAUGACGAUGAUGAUGAUUUUCGAAGUAGCAGCCCGGAAGUGUAUGAAAAGUUUAUUUCUUCUCUUCACAAUGUGGACUCAAGUGAAAGUGAUAAGACAUGGGUUCCUGAUGACCCAGCUUCUGACAUUGAUGGUGUCGAGGACAACACUGCUGACCCUGCUGAUCGCCAUAGUGAAGAUGCAGACCAAUUAAACUCAGAGACCCCUGACAGGAGUGGCUCUCAAGAAGACCCCAGAGAGGUUGACCAGUCUCGCCGCAGUUCUAGGACAAGAUUAUCUAGAAGGACUAGGUCUAGACCAGGUGAUAGGCCAGCAUCAGACAGGGAUCCAGCAAGUCGAUCAUCAGAUAGUGAGACUGUUAACCCGACAAGAAAGAGACCUGUGACAGAAGAUAGCAGUUCAGAGAGUGAGAACACUGAGGAUAGCAAGCAACAUCCCGCAUGGAAGAGGAGAAGAUAAGAUAAAAAUUAGGUGAUUGCUUUGGCCUUCUCAGUAAUUAUCAAUUCCACUUUGGUUUUGGAGAUUUCCACAUGAAAUGAGAGUCAUUGAUUCUGGAUCGUACUGCAGAUGUUAGUGAAAUAGCCAGAAUAUGGAAAAUUCCCAUGAGCCCAUUCCGAAGACUAGUGGCCUGGGCGUUUCACAAAGAGUUAUAUAUCAUUCUGAAGUACCAAUAUGUGAUAUUUAAAGCUUGAUUUUAUCGAUUGAUAAAAAAUCAGCCUGACGCCAUCUCUCUGGAAGCUGAUCUGGACAAUCAUCAGUUAACAACCACAUGCUUUUCAAGUGCAAAUUCCAUGCAUCUGCAUUUUGCUUUUUUUUGCAUAUUUGUUCAGAUUAGCUCUCCAAAGAGAUGGCAUCAAACUGAAGUUACAAUGCUUUCACGAAACGGGGGCCCCAAAAGUAAAAACCUCUCUGAAAUACCAAUAUACAAAAUGUCUGCCAAGUUAUGUUAUCAUACAUGUGUCAGUUUUUGUACAAAACCUAAAAAUUUAGUGGAUUAUUAUCUUGUUAUUGUACAAGAUAAUGUCUCUGUGGACCAAUACUGUUUUAUAAGAUUGAUGAUUUUGAUCAUGGUUUCUUCCCUUGCUCCAAAUUAACAAAAGGUAGGACAAGCAAAUACAUUUUUUUUCAAUUUAGUAUUUAUGUAUAAACAUAAGGCAAGAAAGUAAGUUACCCUUUCGUUUCACAAUAUUUAAAAAAAAAUUUGUUUCAUUGAAAUAAAUCAACACAAUUACAUAUUAACAAGAUUGGAAUGAUUCAAAAUAAGUACAAACUUGGUAGACAUGUUCCUAUAUUGAUUGAAUUUGAUUUGUCAAGUCAUGCAUGAGUGAGCACACAAUGAAUGCAAACUCACUUUUUUGUCUUCAAUAUAAUGACUAUAAAGGUUGGAAAAUUCAUGUUCAUACAUGUAAUGUUGAGCUCAAAGGCAACAGGGUAUUAUAGGUAAAGAGUGCCCUCUUGUGGUAGGAUUAAGGUUACUUUACUUUACUCGUACAUCACAGCGAAUCUCCUUUUUGAAUUCACAUCAUUUUCUUGGCUGUAAACAAUUGAAUGUACAGUUUAUUUUCAGUUUGCUGGGUUUUUUUUGGAGUGACAACAUAUGUCAAAGGAAAAUAUAACUCACAUCACAUAUGUCUAGGUCAAGAGGAGAUAAUUUGAAAUAUGUGAAAUAAAGAGGAAAAUCUGAAAAUUGCUGUACAAAACAAAUGGAGAGUUGUCCACAAAAUCAGCCAUUUUGAAGUACGUUUGCCAAUUUGAGGAUCCCCAUAGAAAGUACAACAAGACUUUUUAAACAUUCAUAACUUGCUUAUUUUAUAA